AUGAGGGAAACAAACCUCAGCACUGGGACAGAGUUUGUCCUUCUGGGGCUCCAGGAGCACCACGCUCUCGAGUUGAUCCUGUUCAUGUGCUGCCUCGGCAUCUACUCUGUGAAUGUGCUGGGAAACUCCCUCCUCAUUGUGCUGAACAUGCUGGACCCCCGUCUGAACACCCCCAUGUACUUUUUCCUCAGCAACCUCUCCCUCAUGGACAUCUGUGGCACCUCUGCUUUUGUGCCUCUCAUGCUUGUCAAUUUCCUGAAAGUCCAGAAGACCAUUUCUUUCCCUGGUUGUGCCCUACAGAUGUUCCUUACUUUGGCACUGGGCUCCACAGAGUGCCUGCUCCUUGCUGUGAUGGCCUAUAAUCGCUAUGUGGCCAUCUGCCAGCCACUGAGGUACCCAGAGCUCAUGAACAUGAGGACAUGUGUGUGGAUGGCUGUGCUGAGCUGGGGAACAGGUUUUUCCAACUCAUUGUUGCAGUCUAUUUUCACCUGGAACCUCCCUUUCUGUGGCCACCAUAUCAUCAACCACUUCUUCUGUGAAAUCUUGGCUGUGGUCAAACUGGCCUGUGGGGACAUCUCAGUCAAUGCCCUGCUAUUAAUGGUGGCCACCAUUAUACUGACUUUUACCCCAUUUCUGCUCAUCUGUCUGUCCUACAUCUUCAUUCUGGCCACCAUUCUUAGGGUUCCCUCUGCUGAAGGCCGGCGCAAAGCUUUCUCCACAUGUUCUGCCCACCUCACUGUGGUCGUCAUUUUCUAUGGGACCAUUGGCUUCAUGUACUUCAACCCAAGUGCCAAGGACCCCCAGUGGGAUAAGAUUAUUGCCUUGUUCUAUGGGAUUGUGACCCCCUCCCUGAACCCCAUCAUCUACAGUCUGCGUAAUACGGAGGUGAAAGCUGGUGCCUUAGCACUACUGCAGGGAGACCUGCUCUCCAGGAAGCUGUCUCAGCUCUCCUGCUGGAAUCCGGCAUGCUUUGGCUGA